GCGUGAUGUACCACUUCUACCAACUGGUGGUAGUAGCAUUGCCUACUUUCACAUACGCGCGGCGCCGCUGGUGCUGGCUGGCUGGCGCGCGCACCGGCGGGCGGAGAGCGAGGUUUUUCGCCGGUGUUUUGGUUGGCCUCCGCCGUUCCGCGCGGUGGUGGUGGUGGUGGUUGCUGUGGUAGCGAGGGUACGCUUUGGAGACGGAGAUGGAGAUCGGCGCCGUUGAGAACGGGGGUGUCGUCGGUGGUGAAGUUGUGGCAGGCAAGAGGGGGAAGACGCCGCAAGGUUGGAAGUGCAUGCCAUUCAUCAUAGCAACUGAGACAUUUGAAAAGGUUGCGACAAUUGGAGUGGUAGCAAAUUUGACGGUCUAUCUUGUGAAGCGCUUCAACAUUGGGCAAAUUGAGGCAGCUAAUAUUACCAACAUAUUCUUCGGUACGCUUAACUUUGCGCCAUUGCUAGGCGCCUUCAUCUCCGACGUCUACUUGGGAAGGUUCAAAACACUAGCCUAUGGAUGCUUCGCCAGCCUCCUGGGGAUGCUGGGAAUGACUUUGUAUGCAUCACUUCCAGCUCUCAAGCCACCGAUCUGCCAUGAAAAAACCCGACUAGGCGGAGGCUGCAACAGUCCAUCAACACUCCAGCUAAGUGUGCUAUACCUUUCUCUAGGCUUUCUAAUUAUCGGUGGAGGAGCGAUCCGGCCUUGUAGCUUGCCCUUUGGAGUAGACCAGUUUGAUAAGACCGACGAAGAAGGUCGAAAGGGACUAAACAGCUAUUAUAAUUGGUACUAUGGAACAAGUACUGCUGCCCUUGUGUUAUCUAUGAUUGUCAUCAUCUACAUCCAGAACAAUGUCAGCUGGCCAAUAGGAUUUGGCAUACCCACAUUACUCAUGUUUCUCGCCAUUAUCAUGUUAUUUCUGGGUACCAACCUGUACGUCCAUGUACAACCAGAGGGAAGCAUAUUUGCUGGAAUUGCCCAGGUUUUAGUGGCUUCAUUUAAAAAGAGAAAUCUCAAGCUUCCUUGUCCUCAUGAUAUAAACCAACAAGGAUUGAUGCUCUACAACCCUCCUUCCAAGGGCAACCGCGUAUUCAGAUUGCCACUUACUUCCCAGUUCAGGUUUCUGAACAAGGGUGCAAUUGUAAUGGGUGAUGAUAUAAAUGUUGAUGGUUCUGCAAGAAACUCUUGGGAGCUUUGCAACGUCCAACAAAUAGAGGAGGUCAAAUGCUUAAUAAGAAUUGUGCCGGUUUGUAUUUCUGGAGUCUUAUGCUUUGUCGCAUUGGCUCAGCAAUUCACCUAUAUAAUCUUGCAAACAUUUACAAUGGACUGUCACUUUGGGACGCACUUUGAAAUCCCAGCAGGCUCUGUUGUAUCCAUAUCCCUUAUUGCCCUAACUCUAUUCAUCCCCAUUUAUGACCGGAUUUUAGUACCAAUAGCUAGAGGAUUCACUGGAGUGGAAAGUGGUAUUACACUUCUACAGAGACAGGGUAUAGGAUUGGCCAUUUCUCCCAUUUCAAUGGUGGUAGCAGGACUUGUCGAACGUAAGAGGAGGAACUCAGCCUUGUCGAAUGGAGGAAUAUCGCCUAUGUCAGUCUUGUGGCUUGCACCCCAACUUGUUUUAAUGGGUAUUGCUGAGGCCUUCAAUGCAGUUGGACAAAUAGAAUUCUACAAUAAGCAGUUUCCAGAGAACAUGCAAACCCUAGCAGGAUCUCUGUUCUUCUGUACUAUAGCUGGAGCAAACUACCUGAGUACUGCUCUGGCAAACAUCAUGAGAAAGGUCACGACCAGAGAUGGUCACUCAAGCUGGUUAACAGACAACAUUAAUCUUGGCAAACUCGACUAUUACUUCUAUUUUAUUGCCCUUAUGGGAGUCCUGAACCUUAUUUAUUUUCUUAUAUGCUCACACUUCUACCAAUAUAAGGUAAUGUCACUCCAUUCUGAAGAAUCCAUCAAAAUACCUACCAAGGAAGAAGAAGCCACAGAGAUCGACAUUGACACAGAUGCACCUAGCAAAUGAAUAGUGCAACUGCGAGUCUAAUUGAUCUGGCACAAGGAAUAUACUUUUGGACAUGGUGACAUAUUCAAAUUCCAAUUUCGAAUUCACUUUAGAAGAGGCUCUAAUGUUUGUAACAUCAAACAGACCUCUGUGUCAUCUUAUGGAUGUGACAAAAACAAGUGUACCAUAGCAAGGGGGUGACAUGUUAUCUAGCAAACAUGAAUAAAGAGUUUAAAUGGCCUGUCCUGUUGUAUUCGAAGUAAUGGAGUGUGAGUGAUAGCUUAUGAAACUUAAACAAGUCCAUAAUGGUUAUGCGACAAGUAAGCACAGGUCAUACACCAUCUUUUUCUAUUA